AUGAGGUAUUUCCUUGGCAUUGACUUGAUUUUGGCUUUGGUAGGCAUCGGUGGCUGCCCAAGUACAUUGGGCAAGGCCAUGGAGACAUUAAGAAUGGGUAAGGGCGCAGUAGGCAGCGGUGUUGGCUAUAAGCACGGGUUGGGCAAUCGUGUCUGCGGUCUGGGUGAUGGUAUCAACUUUGAUGGGAGCCUGAGACUAGGUGGAUCCCUUUGCGGUAGACUAGGCACUAGGAGAGUGGACCCAUGCAUGGGGGAGAUAUACUUGGGCACCGAGACCCCGCUUAGAGAGAUAGAUGGAUUAGGUUGUGGAGGGGAUCGAGGAACUACCUUUUGA